CCGGAAGUUGAUGUCUAAAUUCGAAGAUAAUUUUGCGGGAAGCAUCUCACCACAGAGGCAGGAUGUUUUUGCCAAGAGAAGACUGCAACAGGGCUCCACGAUUACCAGUUGGCACAAGCACUGAAGCAGAUUAAAUUAGUGACUACUGCAGUAACUGUAGGCAAUGUUCAUGAUGGUGUGGGGCAAUCGAAUCUGAUAUUUUUACUAUACAAGUGGCGAGUCUAACGAAGAUUCAUUUCCUGUUCCAUCUGGAAUACCAACCCUGGAAAAUGAUUCGCAACCAAGAAAAUGAAUUGGAUAAAGCAAACAAAUAUCUGCGUCUAAAAAAUGUCCAGGGCAGGAACUUGUUGGUGGUGAGAGAAGUGUAUCGUCGUGAGACAGUUCCUUGUCAGAGUGCUCUGUGUCUAGCUGGCUGUCAACCCAAUAACAAUGAAAUUGGUUUACUUCCUGCGGAUGUGACCCAUUACCUUGUUCCAGACUGCCAAGUGGCACGGGAAUACUUAGAGGUAUUGGAGUUACCCCAGCUGACAGGGAAUAGUGUUCCUACAGACCGUUGCUCAUAGUGUCCAGCAUGAAGGUAACAGGCGUUUACACAACCGACUGAAGAACCUUGUACGAGAUAAAAGAAAAGCGUCUGUGAUAUUUCAUAAUGAAUUCCAGAAGUUUUCAUUCUGUGAAAGGUUGCCAGGAGAAAAUUUGUCAUCCUGGCAGAGUAGAAGUAGCUAUAAAGCAGCCGAUUGGUUCUACAAUCAUCUGGCAGGACAGAUACCUAUCGUAAUGGUCACUCAGGACAAACAGGUGAUAGCUGAGUAUGGGAAUCGCCAGGUGAAUGUUUUUGUGAUGACACUUCAGGAAUACCUGGAUACCUUCUGGAAGAUGAUCUUGCCCAGUAUAACAGAUCUAGUAUAUUCUAUCACUGCUUCACUGGAGGCUAGAACCAGAGAUAAGGACUAUGUAGGAUACCUGCCGUCUGAUGUUAUUGAGGCAGGAUUGAAGACUGGACAUUACACUCAGGGUUUCCUCAACGUCAAUAAAAGUAAUGCAUCACAGGAAGCUUUUGUCCGCCGGAGGAGGCAGGAUAGACGAGAAGACAGUGAAUCCGAUAUUCUUGUCCAUGGCAUGUCCAGUCGGAACCGUGCUGUCCAUGGUGACUUAGUAGUGGUGGAGCUGCUGCCACGGUCGCAGUGGCGUGGUCGGUCCAAUAUCAUAAGAGAGGGUGGUACAGAUACCAAGGAGUCUGGAGAGGAUGACAGUGGAGAGGCUAUAUCAGUGAUGCCUACAGGACGAAUCGUGGCAAUCUCACAGCGGGCAUGGAGGGAGUAUGUUGCUACAUUCUCUCAAGACGAGGAAACUGGUCUGAAAGGAGGCAAGGUACUUGUGAUUCCAUGGGACUACCGCAUCCCUAAGAUACGCAUCAGCACCCGCCAGGUGGAGGCACUGAGGGAUCACCGCAUCGUGGUGAGGAUCGACUCCUGGGACUCCGACUCCCAGUAUCCCAAUGGCCACUUUGUUCGUGCCCUGGGAAGAAUUGGGGAAUUAGAAACUGAAGUAGCAGCUAUAAUUAUAGAGAACAACAUACAGAUGUCAACAUUCUCUGAUGCUCAGAUGAAGGAGUUGCCAGUGGACACUGAGGAGGAGCCCUGGGCUGUAGGAGAAGAGGAAGUGCUUAGACGGCGAGACCUACGCAACUCUCAUCUUGUAUUCAGCAUAGAUCCUAAAGGAUGUGAGGAUGUGGAUGACACACUUUCUGUCAGAACCUUGGAUAAUGGUAACACAGAGCUUGGAGUCCACAUUGCAGAUGUCACCCACUUUGUCAAACCUGGUACGCUGACUGACCAGGAGGGCAAAAGUCGGUCAACCACAGUCUACCUUGCUGAUCGCAGAUACGACAUGUUACCUGGGAUACUAAGUGCCAACCUGUGCUCGUUAAUCAGUGGGGUAGACAGGUAUGCAGUAAGUGUUAUUUGGGAGCUGGAUUCUUCCUACAAACCUGUGCAUGUAUGGUAUGGAAAGACCAUCAUACGCUCAUCAUACAAAUUAUUCUACGAGAUAGCUCAGGCCAUGUCUGAUGGGAUGUCAACAGAUGAUAUUGUUAAGAAUGUACCAGAACUACAGUGUCAGCCAAAGAGAGACAUUAAGCAAAAAGUGACGGAGUUACGAGCUGCAGUCUGUCGACUAAUGGAGGUUGCCCGACAUCUCAAGGCUAGACGUGUGAGAGGUGGGGCGCUGGAGCUCGAGAGCACAGAAGUCCAGAUACAACUGACAGAGACCAAGAGUGUUGAAGACCUCACUCCUAAAGAGCAUCUUGAAGUCCACGAAACAAUAGCUGAGUGUAUGAUUUUUGCGAAUCAUUGGGUAGCAAAGAAAAUUGCAGAGGCAUUUCCCAAUUCAGCCUUGUUAAGACAUCAUCCAUUACCCCGAGAGGACAAGUUUGAGAACCUGCUUACCUGUGCCAGUGCGAAGAAUUACAAAGUGCAUACAGAUUCAAGUAAGGCACUGGCAGAGUCAUUAAACAGGUGUGAUGAUCCUAACGAUCCUGUCGUUAACAAGCUGCUGAGGUCACUGGCUACCAUGGCAAUGUCCAAUGCUGCCUAUUUCUCUACUGGGGCCUUACCGCGAGAUCAGUAUUUCCACUACGGCCUGGCCCUGGACCUGUAUACACACUUUACAUCACCAAUCAGGAGAUACGCUGAUAUUGUGGUACACCGGCAAUUGAUGGCCGCUGUCAGCAAAUCCACUGAUACUAUUGAUCUACCUAGCAACAAGGAUUUGGAAGAGUUGUCGGAGCACAUCAACCAUCAACAUAGGGCUUCCCAAAAUGCUCAGAGGGAUUCGCAGGAACUUUUCCAGUACCUUUUCUUCAAGGGACGUAACCCUGAUGAUGAGUGCUGCACCGUAGAUGCUGUUAUAUAUCAACUUCGAGCCAACGGCAUAUUUGUUUUGGUUCCGCGGUAUGGUAUGAAGGGUCCAGUUUACUUGAAAAACAAGGAAGGUCAGGUGGCCUAUGUUCAGGCGCGUGGUCAGUUAGAGUGGACAGGGGGCAAUAUCACCAGGACUGACCACACCAUGACAGUUCAUACCAUGUUUGGUAUCCAGAGCUACAUACUUCUGGACCACAUCACAGUUAAGAUAACUCUGAACAACUCCUGGGCACACUCGUCCAGUGUGAGACUUGAGUUAGUUGACAACCAACCACACCUGUCCACAUCAGCUGACAGCCUGAUGAAGGAACAGAAGGCAGCUAUCAUCAAGGAAGUUUCUGAAGCAGCAGAAGAGAAAAAAGGUCAUAGGUCAAGUGUUGACCUUGGAGAAAACUUUGAGGAACUGAAGAAGGAGUAUGGACAGUCUUCUACUACCAAUAACAUGUAUGACUUGUUUCAGUCCUUUAAGGAAAUGUCUCUCAAGUGUUGAGUAGUAUAACGUAUGGGACAAUGCCUAGUCCUUAUGUGACACAUACAUGUGUCCUGUAUACAUUUGAACCGUCCAUGAUAUUCUAACCACCUGCCUAGCAAAGUAGGAGUUAUACUUUGUAUUUUAACCUGAUUAUGACAUCAUUGUCAGUCUAGCAUGACUCUGUACCUUUUAGCUUGAACGAUAGAGAAGAAUUUCCGAAUUAGGAAUUUUCAUGACUUAUCAAAAAUUAAAAAUCCUCUUCAUGUCAACCCUAUACUUACUAACCAUGCAUUGUUCAUACAGAUUUCAAAAACGUCCUUCAGUCGGAGAGUGCUGGAUUUCAGUGUUGACUUGCAGUACCGAAUAAGACGUGAAAGAGUUAUUUUAUUUUGAAUGUACGAAGUACUGUUUGUUCAUUGAAGGUGAUCUUUUAGAAACUAGAUUACAUGGGCUAUUUAUUGACUCUUGGAUUACUCUGUUAUUAUUUAUCAUUGACAGAGCAUUCAUGUUUUUUGUUGUGGGUUUUUUUGGGGUUUUUUUAAUGGAGGUUUUUACACCUGCCAUAUUGUGAUCAAAUAUCGGACUUGACAUCACAACCUGCCACUUUCAUUUCCAUUUGAUUGCCAUUCAAUAAUAGCUUGUAAAUACUUGAAAAAUACCUUGCUGAAUCUGUUUGAACUAGCCUGUUUGUUAUCCACCCUGUUUGUUUCCAUAAGUCAACUGGUUCGAAAAAAGGUUCUGUUUGUAUUUGACUUUCCAAGAUCUUCUACUCAUUUUCUUUGCUGUUUCAAAUCUAAAAUACCUGUUGAUUAAAUAACUGUGGCAGCAAGGUUAUUGGUGACUAGAUUUUGUGUCACACCAUAGAUUUUGUGUCACACCAGGGGGCCGCAGAGGCCGAGUGGUUAAAGUGUCCCGACACUUUAUCACUAGCCCUCAACCUCUGGGUUGCGAGUUCGAAACCUACGUGGGGCAGUUGCCAGGUACUGAACGUAGGCCGGUGGUUUUUCUCCGGGUACUCCGGCUUUCCUCCACCUCCUAAACCUGGCACGUCCUUAAAUGACCUUGGCUGUUAAUAGAACGUUAAACAAAAACAAACCAAACCAUGUCACACCAUGUUUUGUCCUUCAUAGUGCUGUCAAGUGUUUCUAAGCUCUCAUUGAAAAGAGUAAAGGUAGUGGCACAGAACAUGUAUUGUCAUCAAGGCAAGAUACAAUUUGGUAUGUGUAUCUAUAAAAUAAGAUUUUAGGUCAAACAUGAUAAUCUUAUUCCCCAUUUGUUGAAAAAGUAGUGAAGGAUGAAUUGGAAGACAUGUUCUGAACUGUAAUAUGAACUAGUACUUCCUUUGGUCUUCUAUAAACAAAUCCAGUAUAAAAUGAUGUGUUUUCCACAUAAACGUUGUACUAUCACUACUGCUUACUAUUAGCAAUAAACAAUGUUGAAGUCUCAACAAGGAUGAAACGCAAGAAUUUACCGUUUUGCAGCAAUGUUUGUGUCAUUAUUUUGAAUUAAUGCUGCAGUCAAUGUACUGAUCACUUUUGUGACAUAAGUAUAUUUUUAUAACUGAAUGUUAGUAUUUUGUAAUUUAUUUUUAAUAUAUAUAAGCUUUUCAUGUACAUAUAUAGAAAUGAAUUCCUUACAGAUCAAUUAUAAUUGUAAGUUAGUCGAAAUGAUAUUACAGAGAUCAGACAUCUUUCAAUGUAUUUGUACAGGACUAUAUAUAGAUCAAUUACGUGGCCUUAGUUUCAUCAAUAUUCUGUAUACUAAGGAAAUUCCUGAACUUUAAAUUUUCCUUAGGAGCAUAACAGAAUUUAAAGAAAUUUAAUAAGCAAAGAUUUUCCCCUUCAGUUCUAAAUGCUUUCCUGUGUGAAAUUUCAAGUUUCAAGAAUUUUCUUAAAUAAAGGAUUGAAGAUGAAACUGGGCCAAAACACUGUUGUAACAUGUACAUUUGUAUACAUUGUAUUGUUGAUAAAUACCAAACAUAUUGGAAAAUAUUAUUGAAUAAUAAAUUAAAAUUUUUUACUUUCUUCUUACAUGUGCUACAAAAAGAAAUUCUACAAUAAAUGCUUGAUAAAC